AAAUGAAGACCCGGAGGAACAUCUUGGCUCUUUCAAAACAAUGGCUGAAAUGGUUAACAACGGCGCGCACGUUGCAAUCAAGAAGCUAGCUCUUGCCUCGCAAGCCGCCAUAUUUAAGGACGUGAUCCCGGGCUACCGCAUCCGGCCUCUCAGUGAUGGAGAAAUGUCUACUAAGUUAUCGAAAGAAGUGCGCAAACUGCAAAACUACGAACAGUCGCUUCUUUCACAUUAUAAACACUACGUUCAGAAGUUGACUGAGCUUACCAAGCCGUCUAAAGCCUCACAGGAGGAAGUUGACCCUAGUUUAAAAAGUAUUGCGAUCAACUGUGCUGGCAACAUGCUCCUUUCCGUACCACAUUUUAACUUUCGCGGGGAGCUCUUGAAAAUUCUUGUCAACCGGCUCGCAAAGAGACAAGUGGAUGCUGAUUUUGUCAAAUGCCGGGAAACAAUCGAAGAAGUCUUCGCAAGAGACGAGGAUGGAGUCGUCUCCCUUGAAGCCGUUCGUCUCCUGUCGAAGAUGAUGAAGGCGAAGGAAUUUAGAAUCAACGAAAGCGUCCUGGACACCUUCCUACACCUCCGGCUGCUCUCCGAAUUCUCUUCCAAGGCAUCAAGAGACCGGGUUGACCGUGAGCCAGAGGAGGAUACAUUCCGUGGGAAGAAGAAGCAAAAGAAAGAAUUCCGCACUAAACGGGAGCGCAAGAUCCAAAAGGAGCGGAAGGCCGUGGAGAAGGAUAUGAAGGAAGCUGACGCCUUAGUAUCCCACGAGGAAAGAGAUAAGAACCAAGCGGAGACCUUGAAGCUUGUGUUUGGGGUUUACUUCCGCAUUCUGAAACUCCGCAUUCCUACUCUUAUGGGCCCGGUACUCGAGGGCCUUGCUAAAUACGCGCAUCUGAUCAACCAAGAUUUCUUUGGCGACUUACUCGAAGCUCUGAAGGACUUGAUCGGGCACGCUGAUCGCGACGAAUUUGAAGACAACGACGUGGAGGAUGAGGAUCCUGAAUCCAUGACAGCAUCAAGAGAUUCUCAGCGCGAAGCCCUCCUUUGUACCGUUACUGCCUUUGCGCUCCUUCAAGGACAGGAUGCUAGCAAGGCGGCAGGUACACUUCAUCUUGACUUAAGCUUUUUUAUCAAGCAUCUUUAUCGCUCCCUAUACUCUCACUCGAUCAACCCUGACAUUGAAUUCAACCCCAACAAAUCUCUUCGGCUCCCCGAUCCAGAUGAUAACAGCUCGACGGAGCAAUUCAAGUCGAGGAACAAGGUCAACUUUCAGACUCCGACAGUUCUGCUGCUCCGCUGCCUUCAGUCCACACUGUUGUCCCGCGCACAAGGAAUACCACCUCCGGUGCGUGUUGGUAGCUUCACUAAACGACUCCUGACGACAUCGCUCCAGGUCCCUGAGAAGUCCGCUAUUGCCACGCUUUCCCUUCUAAACCAGGUAACGAAGCAUCACGCAAAUCGUAUCUCUUCAUUGUGGUACAGUGAGGAGCGUAAAGGCGAUGGUGUAUACAAUCCCUACGCAACAGAUAUAGAAGCAACCAAUGUCUUUGCUGGGACGGUAUGGGAGGGAGAAUUACUGCGACUACACUACUGUCCCCAAGUCCGGGAUGCUGCCAUGGACAUGGAGAAGAUGAUCUCGAAGAAAUAAAGCAUUUGUCAUUAAGGCUAUUUGCAAUGUAUCAACAUGACAUUUCAUCCCCAUUUAAAAGAACACAUUCCUCAUGUUUAAUCCAUAAACUGAAAUGUUUCCUUUUCUUUUUCUCUUAUGUCCUUUUUACGCCCUUUUUUUUGUUCUUUUUGGUUAGCCAGAUCAUGAUACCCGGUAAUCUUAGAACACGUGAGCAGGUCAACUGCAAGCGUCAAUCUGAAAUGAAAUCUCACACCAUUA